UGAAAACAAGGUAGAGCAAAGUAGCCAGGUGUGUUUGUGUGUAUGUGUGGGUUUGAAAAGAGCUGGAAAGUGGGUUUAGUUAUCUGAACAUACAUACGUGUUGGUUCAGGAUAUGGAAACCCCAGACAGCCCCCCUGGGAUUAUGGGGUUGCUAAAAAACUUUGACUCUUCUGAGUUUGGAAGCUGGGAAAAGAUUGGCUCCGGAGGAUUUGGACAAGUUUACAAAGUGCGACACAUACAGUGGAAAACAUAUCUGGCAAUUAAGUGCCCUCCAUGUCUUCAUGUAGAUGAAAAGGAGCGCGCUGAGCUUUUGGAAGAGGCGAAGAAGAUGGAGGCUGCCAAGUUCCGCUACAUCCUACCGGUAUAUGGGAUCUGCAGUGACCCACAGGGCCUGGUGAUGGAGUACAUGGAGACAGGCUCCCUUGAGACACUGCUGGCCUCCGAGAUGCUGCCUUGGGAGCUGCGUUUCCGCAUCAUCCAUGAGACAGCUGUGGGCAUGAACUUCCUGCACUGUAUGAACCACCCUCUGCUGCACCUGGACCUCAAACCUGCCAACAUCCUGCUGGACGCCCAUUACCAUGUCAAGAUCUCUGAUUUCGGCCUUGCGAGGUGGAAUGGUUUCUCCAGGGCCGAUGACAUCAGCCGUGAUGGCUUCUGUGGCACGAUUGCCUAUCUACCGCCAGAGAGGAUCAUAGCAAAAGACAGGGUCUCCGACAUCAAACAUGACGUGUACAGUUUCUCCAUUGUCAUCUGGGGUAUACUUUCACAAAAAAAGCCAUAUCAAGGGGAGAACAAUAUCCUGCACAUCAUGGUGAAGGUGGUGAAGGGCAUGCGACCAGAGCUGGGUGCCAUUCCACGCUGCCGGCCUCAGGCCUGUGCUGGUUUCCUGGCGCUGAUGCAGAAGUGCUGGCAUUAUUCCCCCCAAGCCAGACCCACCUUUCACGAGAUCACAUCUGAGAUUGAAGGACUGUGCUCCAAACCCCAGGAAGAGUCCAAGGGAGUGGCUGCUGAGCCAGAGGCCAGCCCCCAUCAUGCACAUGCUGUCCAGGAGAAAGAUUCCAGGCCAGUACGACCAAAGUCUGCCAUGCUGCCAGAAAAAGACUACAGUCUGUCGGAACUGCUGAGUCAGGUGGACUCAGGGAUUUCUCGGAGCUUUGACCGCGUCAAGGAGGAAAGCUCCCAGAGCAAAGACACAACCAACAAGAGGCUUUCUGGGAUCUCCUCCGUUGACUCUGCCUUCUCCUCCCAGGGUUCCAUCACCCUAUCAUUUGAGAAAGAAAAUGCAGAUUCAGGGACCCUGGAUGUGCAAAGAAAAAAGUUGUGCGAAGCCAUUAAGACGCAGGACAUCACCAAGCUGAUGAAGAUCCUGCAGCCACAGGACGUGGACUUGAUUCUGGAGGGUGGCUGCAGCCUGCUGCACUAUGCCAUCCAACAGACCAACGAGGAAGCAGUGAAGUUCCUGCUCCUCAACAAUGCCAACCCCAACCUGCCCAAUACUAAGGGCUCCACAGCGCUCCACCUAGCCACGGAAAAGAGGCUGAAGAACAUUGCCGAGCUGCUGCUGGGCCGCAAGACCAACAUCAAUGCCAAAGAUGAGGACCACUACACCCCACUGCACUUCGCCGCCCAGAAUGGUGAUGAGACCAUCACCCGCCUAUUGCUGGACCGCAAUGCCGCCAUCAAUGAGGUGGACUUUGAGGGGCGCACCCCAUCGCACAUUGCCUGCCAGCACGGGCAGGAGAAUGUGGUGCGCGUUCUGCUUAGCCGGGGGGCCGACAUCCAUGUCCAGGGGAAGGACAAUUGGACCCCUCUCCACUUUGCAGCUUGGCAGGGUCACCUGGCCAUUGUCAAACUGCUGGCCAAACAGGCGGGGGCCAAUGUUGACAGACAGACCUCGGACGGGAGGACAGCGUUGCAUCUGGCCUGUCAGAGGGGGCAGUACAGAGUUGCACGGAUCCUCAUCGAGCUGGGCGCUAACAUUCACGUCACAGCCACUGGCUUGUGGACACCCUUGCAUGUGGCAGCUGAGACAGGCCACACCAGCACCUCCCGGCUCCUCAUCAAACACAAGGCUGACAUCCAGGCCCAGACUGCCCAGGGCUGCACUGCCCUCCACCUAGCAGCCCAGCGUGGUUACCUACCCACUGUCAAGAUGCUAAUAGAAGAGAAGGCCGACCCGUGUGGUACAAACUGCACCCUCCGCACUGCCUGCCACCUAGCGGUGGAGGGUGGCCACUGUGAUGUUGUCAAAGAGCUUGUCCAGAACUGCCCUGAGAUUGUUAAUCUGGUUGAUGACCAGGGCUUUACACCACUGCAGUUGGCAAUGCAGGGAGGGUAUGCCAACAUCAUCACUGUGUUGCUCUCCCAUGGAGAAAUGCCACAAUUCUGCCCAGAUGUUCGGCAGACCACACUGCCCCAAAUUGUAAUUCAUCAGGCCAUGCCAGGCCAGACCACCCCACAUCAGGCUCCACCAGCCAAGACCACACUAAACCAGGCCAUGCCAUCCCAGACCACACUACACCAGCCUGUGCCAACCCAGACCACCCCACACCAGACUGUGGCAGUCGAGACCACCCCACAGCAGACUGCGCCAGUCCAGUCCGAAUUACACCAGAGUGUACUAACCCACACUACCCCACACCAGACUGCCAUGGCCCAGACCCCCCCACACCAGACUGUGCCAGCCCAGACCACCCCACAUCAGACUGCACCAGCCCAGAUCACCCCUUGCCAGACUGCAACAGCCCAGGCUACAUUACACCAGAAUGUGCUAACCCACACCACCCCACUCCCGACUGCUCUGGCCCAGAACACCCCACACCAGACUGCACCAGCCAAGGCCACAUUACACCAGACUAUACUAACCCACACCACCCCACACCAGACUUUGCCAGCCCAGACCACCCCACAUCAGACUGCGCCAGCCCACAUCACCCCAUGCCAGACUGCGCCAGCCCAGGCCACAUUACACCAGAAUGUGCUAACCCACACCACCCCACAACAAACUGUGCCUGUGCAAACUGCACCAGCCCAGAAUGCAUUACACCAGGCCACACUAGCCCAGACAGCACCAGCCCAGACCAUGCCACACCACUCUCCACCAGCACAGACCACCCCACACCAGACUGCGCCAGCAGAAAAUGCGCAAUCCCAGACUAGCCCACAAACAACACUACAUCAGGUCAGGCCUGGCAAGAUAAAACCACUCCAGAUGAUGGCACUCCAAACCGCGACACUCCAGACUAUGUCAGCAAAGAUCUCGCUUCCCCAGAAAACACUGUCUCAGAAGACACCACAGGCAACUUCACACUGUGGAGAACCCGCUACCCUCAAAAGGCCCCAGAGGAAGGUUUUGAUCCUCAAGCUCACAGAAGGCAAUGCCAUGGACCGCCCAGAUCCCAGCAGUUCUCUCUGUGCAUCUGUCUCAUGUUAGAUCUAUUUCAACUUCAGUAGAGCUUCAACAGAACAGAACUUUGCACAGAACUUUCUCUCCCAUCCAACAUGAACAUUAUACUCCAAACUCUACAGUGACAUACCAGCUGUUGAGAAUGUAAAUAUUUGGUAAUGGUAUUCAUUGCAUGUGAGGACAGAUGUUAUGAUUGCUUGAACUUUUGACUUAUAAGGCUCCAUUAUAUAAUCUCCCUGUAAAAAUGCCUAGGUACAUAACUGUUUGGAUAACAGAAGCAACAUACUUUUUUCUAUACAUAUAAAUAUAUUUUUCCAAUGUUUUAUUUUUAUACUUUUUGCAUAUGCGAUUUUUUUGGCAGCAUUGUUUAAAUGCUACUGUUUGUUACUUAUUUUAUGAUGCAUACCCACUGUCCAAAGACUCACAUUCAGAGCAUUUUAGCAAUGUGGACCAUUGUUUUUCUCUCUUAUGGGCCUAACCCAAACUGGAAAAUCACAAGCACAUUAAAUUCCUGUAAUGUAUUUGUGCAGCUGUAGUUGAGCUGUAAUUGGUUGUUGUUGUAAUUGAGGUUAUUGGAAGCAAUGGAUUAUCAGGCAUUCAUAUUGAAUGCAUGAAUAGACUGAACACAAAACUGCACCAUGACCCACAAAGACCGACAUAAUCUAUUCAAUCAAUCAAAUUCAACAAAUUAAACUUUCCAUUUGUGCAGACUUGUGAGCAUGUGUACGUGUGUGUGUGUGUGUGUGUGCGUGCAUGCUUCCAUUUGUGUUUGAUGGUGGUUAGCAGAUACCUCCCCCACCUUGAGCAUGGGAACUGGCCCAGGGGGAUAGCACAGGGUGGGAAAGCUCUGUGUGUUUCCAAGCUGCUGGCUAAUUCAGACUACUUCACCCUUUCACUCAGUAAGCUGCCGUUGUCCCCCUAAUUCCCACAGGAUGAGAGCUUUACUUUCACAACAUGUGUCUGGGAGUUCGGGAACUGAUCCAGGAAGGCUAUAAUUGCCUAGUUCAUAGUCUUAUUUGCAGGGACCAGUGUGCUGUAAAAAAAACUGUUCAAUCUGUUUGCUGACAUUUUGGAGAAAAUGUGCUGUAGUAUAGUAUUUGCAGCAUGCAAAUAUUUUUUGGUUCAUAUUGUAUUCAUGUAUUCAUACUCAUUUUAGGGCACCAUAAUAUUUGUGACACAGCAUCCAUCCAUCCAUCCAUUAUCUGAACCCGCUUAUCCUGAACAGGGUCGCAGGGCCUAGCAAAAGGCAGGAAUACACCCUGGAUAGGUUGCCAGUCCAUCGCAGGGCACACGCACCAUUCACUCACACACUCAUACCUACGGGCAAUUUAGACUCUCCAAUCAACCUAACCUGCAUGUCUUUGGACUGUGGGAGGAAACCGGAGUACCCGGACGAAACCCACGCAGACACGGGGAGAACAUACAAACUCCGCACAGAGAGGCCCCGGCCGACAGGGAUUCAAACCCAGGACCUCCUUGCUGUGAGGCAGCAGUGCUACCCACUGCACCAUCUGUGCCGCCUGUGACACAGCAAUGUUAAGUUAAUGAAAGUAAACGUGUUCAUUAUUUUGUUGCAUAUCCUUUGCAUGCAAUGACUGCUUAAAGCUUGCGAUUCAGUUGACGGGUGUGUCUUCUUCUGCUAGGCCUGUUUUGCAGCCAUCUUUAGCUCAUGCUUGUUUUGAGGGCUUGUUUUCUCUUCAGCAUAUGAAAGGUAUGCUCAAUUGGGUUCAGUCCGGUUGAUUUAUUUGGCCACUCAAGAAUUGAUUAUUUUUUAGCUUUGAAAAACUUUGUUGCUUUAGCAGUAUGUUUGGGAUCAUUGCCUGGCCAAUGAGUUGAACUUGAGCAGAUAUGAGGUGCCUACACUUCCAAAUUUAUUUUGCUACUACCAUCAGCAGUUAUAUCAUCAAUGAAGAUAUGUAGCCAGUAACAGCAGACUCUUGCCAUCACUGUGAUAGACACUCAGUGAGCACAUUAUUAGGUAUUUAUUAGACUUAUUUUUUAGACUUAUUGGUCUUCUGCUGCUGUAGCCUAUCCAAUUAGAGGUUUGCAUUGUGUGUUCAGAGAUGCUCUUCUUCGUGCUGCACACUAGAUGUUUUCUGUUUUUCGCACCAUUCUCUGCAAACUCUAGAGAGUGUUGUGCGUGAAAUUCCCAGGAGAUCAGCAGUUUCUGAGAUACUCAAACCUUCCUGUCUGGCACCAACAAUCAUUCCAUGGUCAAAAUUCACAUUUCUUCCCCAUUCAACAACAGCUGAACCUCUUAACCAUGUCUGCAUGCUUUUAUGCAUUGCGCUGCUGCCACACAAUUGGCUGAUUAGAUAAUCGCAUGAAAAAUAGGUGUACUGGUAUUCCUAAUUAAGUGCUCAGUGAGUGUAUAUGCCAAUGAUUCCAUUAAUUUUUACUGUACAAAUUUGGAAUUAUGGGAUUGCAUUUAGUUGCUGCCACAUGAUUGACUAAUUCAAUAUUAACAAAUUGGUGUACAGGUCUACCUAAUAAAUUGCUCACUGAGUGGAUCUUCCAUAAUCUGCUCCAUAAGACCUUUUUCCAGAACUGUGGUUGCAAACUGUAACCUGGCUAUCCUGUUUUUGCAGUUAACCAAUGGUUUGCAUCUUGCAGUGUUGCCUCUGUAUUUCUGUUCAUGAAGUCUUCUGCAGACAGUGAUCAUUAACAAAUCCAUACCUGACUCCUGAAGAAUAUUUCUGAUCUGUCAGACAGUUGCUUGGGGAUUUUUCUUUAUUAUGGAGAAAAUUCUGUCAUCAGCUGUGGAGGUCUUGCUUGGCUUGCCAGUCCCUUUGCAAUUAAUAAGCUCACCAGUGCUCUCUUUCUUCUUAUUUAUGUUCCAACCUGUUGAUUUUGGUACGCCUAAGGUUUGGCUGAUGUCUCUAACCAUUUUAUUCUUGUUUCUCAGUCUCAUAAUGGCUUCUUUGACUUUCAUUGGCACAACUUUGGUCCUCAUGCUGGUAAACAUCAAUAAUAAUUUCCAAAGGUGAUCGAAAGACUGGAAUAAAGACUAUGUGCUGAGAGUUCUCUUAUACCUGCAUUAAGGAGGAAAUUAAACACACCUGAGCAAUUACAAA